CCAAAAUUUCCAGACUAUGAGGUUCUAUAAGUAACGACAAACAGAGCAAUUUUACCACUCUCUCUCUCUAUAUUUGUUGCAUAAUAGUGUGUGUGCUGUGUGGAUUGGAAGGUGGAAGACUUCGGGGAGCUUCGUCCUGUGAUUAGGGUUUUUUACUUGUGAUUUGAAGAAUUUCCCUCUGGUUCAGUGAGAAUUUGAUUACUCUAGGGUUUCGAGAGCCUGGGAUUUUCUCUAUUUAUCUGCCUAUUUAUUUGCUACUCUGGCGGUUUAGUUUGAGCUUAUAAAAUUAGGGUUUCACUGCUGGCUUCUUGAUUAAGAAGUUCUUAAUUACUUUUGUUGUGUGGCAAGCUUGCGGAGGAAAAUUUGUUCCUUGUAACUCGAAGGGUAUUUGAGUCAAGUGACAAUUAUAUUGCUCAGCUGGGCAAGGAGAUUGAUUAAUUUGGUGGAGUGAAUUUCAGGGGAUUACUAUGGCUAAGAAGGAUAGGUUCCCUCCUGGAUAUGCUACUGGUUUUGCUCCUCAGUAUGAAUCGGAAGGAUCUGGUAGCUCAGGGGGAAUUGACAACCAAAUUACUCUAUCGAAGGAUUCUACUGUACCUAUGCGAAAAUGGAUAGAUCUGAAUUCUGCUUCGCGAGAUGGUUUUGCUGUGCCUAUUCAGGUAGUUCCUCUGUCCAAAUUGUCUUCAUCUGAGAGAAAGAACUUAGCACUCCGGCUGACAUCAGAACUCGAGCAGAUUCGGUUUCUCCAAAACAAAGUUGAGUCAUACAGGACAAAAUUGCCAAAUGCUGUAACAGUUUCAUCAUCUAGUGAUAUCCUCAGCUGUAGCAGUGCGAAACAAAAGGGCCCUCCAUUUGGCACUGCAAAGAAAUCCUCAGCUUUAGGUUAUGGGCCAGGGAGGAAAGGGCGUGGUUGGAAACGCGGUAUUACAGGAAGAUUUGAGUCUGUGGAGCAGCAUAAAACUGCGAACCAGAACGUGGAGAUCUUUAAAAAUUGUGAGAGUUUAUUGAAUAAGUUGAUGUCACAUCGGUUUGGGUGGGUGUUCAGUUCCCCUGUUGAUGUAGUCAAACUAAACCUUCCUGAUUAUUUCAAUGUUAUAAAAAACCCAAUGGAUUUGGGGACAAUUAAGAGUAAGCUUGCUUCAGGGAAGUAUGCUAGCCCGCUAGACUUUCUUGCUGAUGUCAGGCUCACAUUUACCAACGCCAAGACCUAUAAUCCACCAGGAAAUGAUGUCCACAUCAUGGCGGACACCUUGAGUAAGUUUUUUGAAGUAAGAUGGAAAGCAUUUGAGAAAAAACUCGCUGUAAAUGGUGGUGUGUGCAUACCUGAAAAAUCAAUCAUAAACAAAGAAACAGAAAAAGCCAAACAAGUGACCCCCCUGAAGAAGAGGAAAGUAUGCUCAAUGCAGCAUGAAGCGAUACAAGAACCAAUCAAGAGGAAAAUGACUGAUGAAGAGAAACACAAAUUAAGCAUUGAAUUGGAAGCUUCGUUGGGGGAUCUACCAAAUCAUAUCAUCGAGUUUUUGGGAGCACAAAGUUCAAAAAGAGGGGAUUCUGAGGAAUGUGAGAUUGAGAUCGAUAUUGAUGAUCUCGGAGAUGACACGCUAUUCACAUUACGGAAGCUCCUAGAUGAUCAUUUGCGUGAGAAACAAGACAACUUUGCAAAAUCUGAAGCCUGUGAAAUAGAGAUGCUACAUGAAUCAGGGCCCAGCAAUUCAUCGAUGCUAGCAGACAAAGGAAAUGAAAUUAUCUACGGGGGUGUUGAUAUUGGUGGAGAUGAGCCUCCAGUCUCCAGCUAUCCUCCGGUUGAGAUUGAUCAAGAUACUGGGAUGGGAAGCAACAGAUGUAAUGAAGCAGGUCCUAAUUAUAGGAAUGCAUCUGACACAGAAUCCGAAUCUUCGAAAGGUUCUGCAGCAGUAGAGCUGACAAAGGAUCAUGGGAGUUAUACUUCAGAACUAGAUAAAAAGGCAGUUGCUGAUGAUGUAGUGGAUGGAAAUCAAUCAGUUAGUGGGUUUGACCAGCUUGAACUAAAUUUCCAAGUGAAGCCGAACUCAGGCAAUUCAGAUGAUCAUCAGGAUGGGGAGAGUCCUUCAAUUGAUAGGCAGGUUUCCCCCGGGAAGCUGUACCGUGCUGCUAUCUUGAAAAAACGAUUUGCAGAUACUAUACUAAAAGCUCGAGAAAAGACACUCAGCCAGGAUGAUAAAGGGGAUCCUGAGAAACUACGACGCGAAAAAGAGGAGCUCGAGAUGCACAAGAGGAGAGAGAAGGCAAGGUUGCUAGCAGAAGCCAAAGCUGCAGAAGAUGCUCAAAGGCAAGCGGAAGCAGAUGCUGCAGCAGAAGCCAAGAGGAGGAGAGAGCUAGAGAGAGAAGCUGCUCGCGAGGCAUUGCUCAAGAUUGAGAAGACUGUUGAAAUCAAUGAAAAUUCUCGGUUUCUUGAAGAUCUGGAAAUGCUGAGGGUUGUCCUACCUGAGCAAUUACCUAGCUCAGUAGAUGAGACUAGCCCAGAUCACUCACAGGAUGGGUUUGGCAGUUUCAAGUUUGGAAGCAGUAAUCCUUUGGAACAGCUCGGUUUAUAUAUGAAAGUAGAUGAGGAGGAGGAGGAAGGUGAACCACCUAGUAUUCUGAAGAACGUCACCGACGAGGUUGAAGAAGGGGAGAUUGACAAGGGGUCUUAUUAGCUCAAGCAGCUGCUGCUAGAUGAGCAAUAUGCUGAAAGACAGAAUCUUCAUAUCCAGAAAUGCAUUAGUAACUUUGGGGUUCCGUAGAAUAUAAGAGGUUGCACUUCGGAAUUCAGAGUUGACUGCAUUUGAAAGUGAAGUUUCUAUGGUUUUCUUUCCUGAAAGAUCAAACUGCUACAGAAAAAAAAACACAAUCAUUGAUAUAAUGCCCAUAUAGGGAGGAUUUACAGUGAGUGCCAUUGUUUCAGUUGUUUUAAUGUAUGAAAGUACUGUAAAAAGAAAAAAAAUUGAAAAAUUUAAAGGAAAAAAAAAAUAUAUACAUAUAUAUAUAUUUGGGAUGGGGUGAAUCUGCAGAACAAUAGAUUGUUCUCGGUACUUGAAUGACUAGUAUUGAGUAGAGAUGGUUGAUCUUGAGUUUUCAAAGUGAAUUUAUAUACGCGCGUAAGGGAUUGAAUUGUAUUGGACAUGAUUUAAAAUGGAAAAAAAAAAAAAGAGAAGAAACGUUAGUAUUGUAGUUUUCUUGUUUUACUUUCUCGUUCUAUCCCAGAUGAUACCAAUGUUCUACUUUUUGUCAAUUGCUGAACUA